UCAACGACUCGUCUGCUUCUUGUUUGCUACUGCCCGCGCGCCGCGGCUUCGUGCCCCGCGACAGGGUCAAGGCAAGCCAACACCACGAUUCCGUUCCGUUCCGUUCCACCACCACGGCCAUUAUAUAUACCCGCCGUCGCCCACCGAUGCUUCGUCGUCAACCAGUCUCUUCUCUCCCAUCUCCUCUUCAACUCCCCAGACCCUCACAGCUCGACCAAGAAACCAACCAAUCUGCAUCGCCAAGAUCGUUGUCAGCUCUUCGAUUCUUGCAUUGCGCGGUCCAUCUUCGAUCGCCGCGGAGCAGGUAUCGUAUCACCGAUGGCUUCAGCGCAGCCGUGGAGGUCUAUGUUCUGCUGCGUCGGAGGCGCGGCGGCGGGGGCGGCCACCGACGACGAAGGGCCGUCGCCGUCUUCCACGCCGAGGCGGAGGAGAGGGGAGCGGAGGACGCUGCUGCCGUCGUCGUCCGCGUCGACGGCGUCCCGGCUCUCCCUGUCCAGCCUGGGGUCGACGGGCACGCUGACGCCGGAGGACCUCUCGCUGACGCUCUCCGGCUCCAACCUGCACGCCUUCACCUACGCCGAGCUCAGGGCGGCCACCGCCGGCUUCUCCCGCUCCAGGUACCUCGGCUGCGGCGGCUUCGGGCCCGUGUAUAAGGGCCAGCUCGCCGCUGAGCUCCGGCCGGGCCUGGAGGCGCAGACGGUCGCCGUCAAGUACCUCGACCUCGACUCCAGCUCGCAGGGCCAUAACGAGUGGCUGGCGGAGGUGUUCUUCCUUGGGCAACUGAGGCACAGGAACCUGGUGAAGCUCGUCGGGUACUGCUACGAGGAGGAGCACCGGAUGCUGGCCUACGAGUACAUGGGCACCGGCAGCCUGGAGAAGCACCUCUUCAGAAGCAUCGACGGCCCCAUGCCGUGGAUGACGAGGAUGAAGAUCGCCGUCGGCGCCGCCAAGGGCCUCGCCUUCCUCCACGGCGCCGACACGCCGGUCAUCUUCCGCGACCUCAAGGCGUCCAACAUCUUGCUCGACUCGGACUAUACCGCCAAGCUGUCCGACUUCGGCCUGGCCAAGGAUGGGCCCAACGGCGACGCCACCCAUGUCACGACACGUAUCAUGGGGACACAUGGAUAUGCCGCACCAGAGUACAUCAUGACGGGGCAUCUAACCGCUAAGAGCGACGUUUAUAGCUUCGGCGUGGUGCUCCUUGAGCUGUUAUCGGGUCGGCGGUCCAUUGACCGUGCUCGACGUUCCAGGGAGCAAAGCUUGGUUGACUAUGCCAGACCUUACCUCAAGAAGCAGGACAAGCUGCAUCGGGUCAUGGAUCCGGCUUUGGAAUGCCAGUACUCGUGUCAGGGGGCCGAACUGGCUGCACGUGUAGCGUACAAAUGCUUGAGCCAAAACUCAAAGUUGAGGCCCACCAUGAAAGAGGUCGUUCAGGCCCUAGAGCCCAUACUGAAGAUGGAUGACUACCUACAAGUGGGUCCAUUCGUGUUCACAGUCGUAGUGGAAAAUACCGAUAGAAACGUUGAGAAGAAAGAAAAGCUUAUUGAUGAUGAGUGGAAGGCUGACAUGAAGGUUGAGAAGAUUGUAGAGGACAAGCACCAGAGCCACCAAGAUCGACACCGGCAAAAGUUCCCAAACUCAAUGAUACACGCCGACAUUUUGCUGCAACGGGAUGGUGCCAUCGGGCCGUAUACCACUGCGCUACAACGUCACCGAAGAGCAUCAAGUUACACCGAGGAAAGGGGUGCAUAGUGUUGAUCAUCACAGAGCUUAGUUAGGACUGUUGUAAAGGAGUAAGAGUAGCAAAAUGGAAGAUUGUACAUAUUUGAGCUAGAUCCAAUAGGGGCGUAACACAAGUCACAGAUCACCAAAUUGGUUUGGUUGAGAGAGAUUUUUUUUUUGAAAAAAUAUAGAUGUAUUAUUCUUUUAUGAGAAAUCUUGAUAGUGAA